AUUUCAAUAAUAAUAAUUUUGCUUGCUCCCAACUUCCCCCACUCUUUCUUCUUAGGCAGAUUCCACCAUCCGUCCGUUUCAUUUUCCUUCCCUGUUUUCUUCUCCGAUCACAUCUUUUCUCUCGAUUCAUCGGUGAUUUCCGUCGGAUCCUCAAUGAUCAGUUGCUUAAUCCGGUUUCUUCUCCAAUAGCUUUAGAUUUUGAGGAUCUUGGACUGCAGCUGGUGUUCUUUGUUUGAUCGACGAGUUUGUAUAUCGGAGGUUUUAUCUUGGGAAAAUGUUAGGAGGCAACAAUGGUAAUCCUUUGCUUCCAGAUUUCCUUAAUGAGAACCGCUUUCAGUAUCAGACUAACACAGCGAACCACCUGCAGCUACUUGGGAAUGUUCCAGCUGGGUGUACUGUUGAUCCAGUAAAUUUUUUGGGAAAUGAACAGCUUUCUCCUAUGGUACGGCCCAACAAAAGAGGCAGGGAAAUGGAAGAUAUCCAAAGGCAGCAAAAGCUACAGAUUUCCUUGAAUUAUAACAUCUGUCAAGAGGAAGCUGAUCACUCAGCAAGAAACCCAAACCUGGUGUCAACUGGGUUGAGGCUGUCAUAUGAUGAUGAUGAACGCAACUCAUCUGUGACAUCUGCCAGUGGAAGUAUGGCAGCAGUGCCAUCAAUCAUGUUUUCCCUUGGCGACAAUAUUCGCCGUGAGCUAGAUCGGCAGAAAGAAGAGUUUGAUCAAUAUAUUAAAAUUCAGGAAGAACACUUGGUAAAGGGGGUAAGGGACAUGAAGCAGAGGCACAUGGCUUCUUUCCUUGCUGCUCUUGAGAAAGGUAUUGGCAAGAAACUAAAGGAAAAGGACCUAGAGAUAGAGAAUAUGAAUCGAAAGAACCAAGAACUGGUUGAGAAAAUAAGGCAGGUGGCUACAGAAGCUCAGAAUUGGCGCUACAGAGCUAAGCACAAUGAGUCAAUUGUUAAUGUCCUAAGGAACAACCUACAGCAGGCAAUUUCACAGGGUGCUGAACAAGGGAAGGAAGGUUUUGGAGACAGUGAAGUCGAUGAUGCUGCCUCAUACAUAGACCCAAACAACUACCUGAGCAUUCCGGGAGGUUCUUCAAGAUCUGUUUUAAGAAAUCAAGGCAUGAAGGAGAAUAUGAUUUGCCGAGCAUGCAAAACGAAGGAGGUCUGCAUUUUGUUGAUGCCUUGCAGGCACCUUUGCUUAUGUAAAGACUGUGAUGUAUUUAUCAGCGUUUGUCCUGUGUGUCAGGUAAUGAAAACUGCUGGUGUCCAGGUGUACUUGUCUUAAAUACUGUUUACAGCCUACUGAAAGAUCAAAGUUAUUUAUACCCCUUUUUCCGUGUCUAUGGCGUAUCUUUCCCUGAACAUUGCAUUUCUAUGAGGUGCAAACAUAAGUUUUAUGAAAUUGGAGUCUGCAUAACUCUCUCUCUGAUUCUCUUGACGGAUGAAGGGCGGAAAGCUUGGCUUGC